CUCUGGCCUGGUGGUGGCCGCCCGGCCCCUCCCUCCGGGGACGCGGGCAGCUGUCUGCAGGCGCCGAUCGGCCGAGAGGAGCCGCCAGGGUCUGGGCAUGGAGGGUUCGGCGGGCGACCCAUACCGGCGGCCUGCGCGGCGCACUCAGUGGCUGCUGAGCGCCUUGGCUCACCACUACGGGCUGGACCGCGGCGUGGAGAACGAGAUCGUGGUGCUGGCUACCGGUCUGGACCAGUAUCUGCAGGAGGUCUUCCACCACUUGGACUGCCGGGGUGCGGGCCGCCUGCCGCGCGCCGACUUCCGUGCGCUCUGCGCGGUACUAGGGCUGAACGCUGACGGGGAGGCGACCACGGAGGAUGCAAACUCCGGGGAGGCGGCCGCCAAGAACCCGGCUGCUGGGAUGAUCGCUGGCGGGGACGCGGACGUCAGGGAAGAGGCGCGCCUGGCUCUGCGCGCCGACCCCCCUGAGCUCACCUUCCGCCAGUUCCACGCGCGCCUCUGCGGCUACUUCAGUAGCCGAGCGGGGCCCCGGCUGCCCCGCGGAGCUCUCAGCGAGCACAUCGAGACCCAGAUCCGCCUCCGCCGCCCGCGCCGCCGCCGCCGGCCUGGCUCACCGAGCCUACACCGUGGCGCCUAUGGCGAGCGCGUGGCACAUCUAGAGGAGGAAAACAGUAGCCUAAGAGAGCUGGUGGAGGACCUACGAGCUGCUCUGCAGAGCAGUGACGCGCGCUGCCUGGCCCUUCAGGUCGGCCUCUGGAAAAGCCAGUCGGACAUCCCGGAAGCGGCGGCGCACGAGCUGCAGCGAGCGCAGGGCGCGCUGGCAGAGGCGGAGGCGCGCGCCCGGCGGCUGCAGCGUGGACAGGUGGAGGUGCGGUUGCGCACCGAGGAGGCCAGGCAGGCGGUGCGGCGUAGCUUGCACCGAGUGAGGGAGCUGGAGGCGCUGGCGCGGCGUGUCCCUCGCUUGCAGCGCCAGGUGCAGCGACUGGAGGCAGAGCUUAGACGUUACAGGUCAGAAGGGCCUCAGUUCCUAACACCCCCACAAGCCAGUCAAAGGCUAGGAAACAAGAAUGGUGUACCUACAGCUAGAGAAACCAGAGAUUCGGACACCACUCCAGAGGGAGUCCAGCCGUCAGACAGCAGCUUAAGGAGCAGAGACACAGAUGAAGAAGAUGAGCAGCUGUUCCGCUCCGUGGAAGGCCAGGCCGCCUCUGAGGAGGAAGAGGAAGAAAGGUGGCAGGAAAAGCCAGGGCGCCCACAGGCCCACAGUGAGGUAUCCCUGGUGCAGCCUUCAGGCUGUGUAAGUAGACGUGACAACCAGACAGCUGAGACGCUCAAGGCUUCCUUUGGCCACUGUGAUGGUGCUGAGCACAUCUGCACCCUAGAGCUGGAGACCCAUGUCACCAGGCUUGGGGAACAGCUGCAGACCCUGGGCUGCAGCAGAGAGACCCUGGAGACACCGGAGGAGGAGGAGGCAGAACUGCAGCAGAUGGUGGAAACUGAGCAUCUGAGGCUGGAGCUGCAGAUGGUAGAGACGGAGAGGGUCCGGCUGUCACUGCUGGAAGAGAAGCUUGUGGAUGUGCUACAACUCCUGCAAAGGCUCCGGGACCUGAACAUAUCAAAGAGAGCCCUAGGGAAGAUGUUGCUGAAUGCCCUGGACCGGAACCCCUCACAGGGUAGAGGGCACAUGUGGCACCUUGGCCAUCCUGGACACCUUGCACCAAGCCUUGGUUGGCUGUGAGCUCCUACAGAGAAAUCCCUCAGAACCAGCAUCCACGGCUCCCGCACACACAAACCCCUUCCUCAUCUCCUGCUGAGCUCACUGGCCCAGCCUUGGGACACUGUGGCCAUCAUCACCACCAUCAGACCAGCCUUGACCACAACCAGACUGACCACCAUGGGACUAGCACUGGCCGUCACUGGACCAGCCGCCAUGGUCAUCCUGACUACCAUCAGUCCAGUCUCCAUGAUCAGUGGCCACUGCUGGACUGUCUUCCACCAUCUGAACACUCUCCACAAAUGGUCUGACUCUUGUCACUCCCUCAGAACUCUGGCAGCCAAGGUUCUUUCCAGUACUGGGUCUGGUAGCUACCCCGUUCUUGGGCCUCUCACAUUCUCUCAGAAUCCCUACAUUGAGAGCCUGAAGUUGCUAGAUCAGCCUGAACCUGAGGCUAUUGCCCUCAUCCUGGGCACAGUAUGUAGUACAUUCCAGAAUCUCUGCCCUAGAGUCCUGAGAUCUCUCCCUCCCCCACUCCCCCCCACCCCC